GAACCACCAACGUCUGUGCAGGAUAAACUGAAAAUUGAAGAACUAGAAGAAAGUAAAAAACAGCUAUUGAACCAUCUUAAUGAAAUGGCCCAUAGCUUGGUUUUAACAAAUGAAAAGCUAUCUCAAGCACAAACGGAGAUAAGACAACAGGAGACUGUAAAGGAAAAAUAUCAAUCGACUGUAAGAUAUCUUAAGCAAUUGAAGAGGUAUGUCUCAUUUUUAAUAUGUGUGCAGUCAACCUUUGGCUUAUUUGUGCCUUUAAUAGAGUUGCUGAUAUCGAUGACUAUCUAUCUCAGCCUACAACACAAGCCUAUCUUGGUACACUUUCUAGACUACCUCGACCUGAAUUGGUUGUUGCUAUUGGUGGAUUGAAAGCAAGAUGUGUACAGUUGGCAAACGAAAGAGAUAUUGCUGUAAAAAAAGUAGAUAGAUUCAAAAGAAAAGAAGAAGAGCUGACAGAAAAAGUAAAGGCGCUAUCAAAGAAGUUGGCAAGACUAAAGGCUAAAAGCAAGAACAUCAAUAAACCAUACGAUACAAGCGACCUUUUAAGACAUGAUCAACCUUCUACUUCCCGAGACAUAAUCGUGCUAGACUCUGAUGAUAAUAAUGGCGAUACUGACGACGAUAAUGAAAAUAAGCCUAUAAUAGGAAGUAGCAGCAAUCGACCUAUGUUUAGUACACCAAUAGAUGAAGAGUUAUGCUCAUCCUCGGAUGAUAGCGAUGGAGAUAACCUAUUAUAUACUGUUGCAGACAACGCCAGAAGACUUCCUGGAACAGCAAGGAUAAUGGAUAAUAGCGAUGAUGACGAUGGUAAUGACAACCAAGAAGUCGAUAGUCCCAGGCUUGGACAGAAACGACCAACACAUCAUAACAACGACAUGAACAAGAGAAUGAGAACGGAAAGUGUCUUGUAAAUGAAAAAGUAUAUCAUGAACUAUAGGAAAUCCCUUCUCAACUAGAACAAAAAGUGCAUUUACAAUAUUCUCAAAAGUAUAUACAUUUGUAUACCUUAGUCACAUCAUCCUCUCCAUUAAGAGCUUCUGUAAAUAA